GGACGGGUGGGAGACAGAACUGGUGGCUUCCUGCACUAAUAGCCCCCCAGGAACGGGCCGGUACCCUCGCGUACAUGGCCAGGCGUGCUGCGUCCGGCUGCGCUAGGAAAUUGGCAGACUGCGGCGGCCAGACGCUGCCGGCCUUAGCCGAGGCCGCGGCUGGACGCCAGGAAGCAGCAGCACCUAGCACCCAGGGGACAACAUGCCAACUGCCAAGCAGCUAGCUGACAUUGGCUACAAGACCUUCUCUGCCUCCAUGAUGCUCCUCACUGUGUAUGGGGGCUACCUCUGCAGUGCCCGAGCCUACCGCUAUUUCCAGCUGCGCAGCGCCCGGCGCCAGGCUGCAGAAGAACAGAAGACCUCAGGAGCCCUGUAGAACUGGGGGUUUUCCUCCUUGAGCAGAGAGGCCUGAGGCAUGCUGUGGAAUGAUCUCGCCUGCAAUCCUUUCCAAUUCGAGAGAACUAGGGCCUUAAUGGUUUUCAAAUCCUGCUGAGAAAAAGUGCCCCUGUUUUCUCUGGUACUGCUGGUUCGGGGAGGCGGUGGAAUCACGACAGGAAUGGGAGGAUCAAGCACACCUACAGACAUUAAAUAUCUUGUCAUGUC